AUGCAGGUUUCUUUUGUAUGCUCAGAGCACAGCAUAAAGAGCCGGAGUGCAGAUGAUCGACUGAACAGACAAAAUGCCAGCAGUCCCAGCCUUGGCACACGUAGCAAAUUCCGAGCAGUGGCCAUGGUUGCCCGGAGUCUGGGGCAGCUGUCUGUGCAAAACGCCCCAUCCUCAAGUGAAUCCAGCGUGAAACAGCCGGGAAUGAAAUAUAGAAAUCUUGGGAAAUCGGGGUUGCGAGUGUCCUGCCUUGGCUUAGGAACAUGGGUGACGUUUGGAGGGCAGAUUACAGAUGAGAUGGCAGAACAGCUGAUGACUUUAGCAUAUGACAAUGGCAUUAACCUGUUUGACACAGCAGAAGUCUAUGCUGCUGGGAAGGCUGAAGUUGUGUUGGGAAAUAUUAUUAAGAAGAAGGGUUGGAGGCGCUCUAGCCUGGUCAUAACAACCAAAAUCUUCUGGGGAGGAAAAGCAGAGACUGAGAGGGGACUCUCCAGAAAACACAUCAUAGAAGGUCUGAAGGCUUCCUUAGAACGGCUGCAGUUAGAGUACGUGGAUGUCGUGUUUGCUAACAGACCAGAUCCCAACACACCCAUGGAAGAGACGGUGAGAGCAAUGACCCAUGUUAUCAACCAAGGAAUGGCCAUGUACUGGGGAACGUCGCGCUGGAGCUCCAUGGAGAUCAUGGAAGCUUACUCAGUGGCACGGCAGUUUAACCUAAUCCCGCCGAUUUGUGAGCAAGCCGAGUACCACAUGUUCCAGAGGGAGAAGGUGGAGGUGCAACUCCCUGAGCUCUUUCACAAGAUCGGGGUUGGCGCCAUGACCUGGUCCCCGCUGGCCUGUGGAAUUGUUUCUGGAAAAUAUGAUGGCGGAAUCCCCCCUUACUCUAGAGCAUCACUGAAGGGAUACCAGUGGCUAAAAGACAAGAUCCUGAGCGAAGAGGGAAGGAGACAGCAAGCAAAGCUGAAGGAGCUGCAAGCCAUUGCAGAGCGCCUGGGAUGCACCCUGCCACAGCUCGCCAUCGCCUGGUGUCUGAGGAACGAAGGAGUCAGCUCCGUUUUGCUAGGCGCUUCCAAUGCAGACCAGUUAAUGGAGAAUAUCGGAGCAAUACAGGUUCUUCCAAAAUUGUCCUCUUCCAUUAUACAUGAGAUUGAUAGUAUUUUGGGCAAUAAACCGUACAGCAAAAAGGACUACAGAUCCUAACUGUGCCUACUGGCCCCCUGGACUCACUCUCAACUCCUAGCCUUCUGUUUGCUUGCUUAAGCUUUACUGAAGCCAAGUGAAGAGUGUGAUUGGCAUCAAAAGAAUACAACAUGGCAAGAUGUGUUAGAGAAAUUGUUUAAAAUGUUGCUGCAAGAUGACAUAUGCUUAUUAUGUAACAUUUAUUUUGAAUGCAAGAAGAAUCACAGAUUGGGAUGGGUAUGUCAGAGCUGUGAUUUUACCCUCGAUGAUUGGCCUCUGUGCUUCCUUUUUUAAAAGAAGAAACUACUUUUUUCACAAACACACACAGAAUAUCACUGCUUUUUGUUAAUUCCAGCUCCUAUACAAUGCUUGACUGUUCAGAUCUGACACACAAACCAUUUAACUGGAAGAAUUAUAGUCUCUGUUCCAAAAGCAAUGCUGGCUUUACAAGGAUCUGGCUAAUGUGAGUGUGGAGGACUGUUCUUUAGUUCGCUCUGUAUAUAUUUCUGUUGGAGAAGAUUGUAUUUUUUGAAGUAUUCAAAGUGAAUCAGCCAAGUUGUUGGAAAGCAGCUGUAAGAGUUCAUGCUCCACAAUUCGGUAGCCUCCCCAAGGCCUGCACUGGGGUUGGGGGUGUUUGUCACAAUGCUUUUUUUAUUUUUCUGGUGCCUCAUGUUGACCUUCUGAGGUGGCGUUGCUAAUCACACAAGGCCUGAGCCCACUCAGUUCCAGUCAGGGGGCUUUCUCUCUCUAUGAACAGGCUAUGUCCUCAGCCCAAGCGCCUGUUGGCCUCAGUGGGCUUCCUGGCGAUUUGCUGAGGACAGAGUGCAGGAUGCAGUUUGUGGCUUUGAAGAGAAAUGGUGUGUUGGCGUUGAAGGCAUUCCAGUAAGAAUCCCUCACCGUGCUAGUGCUUUUCUCUCUAACAGGCAGUGCUAUUUUAACAUGAACGUCUUGCAGGUUUCAUUAUUUCCUCUGUAAUUCACUCAGGUCUAGGUUCUCAUUGUAAACAUCAGAUUAGUUGUAAAUGUUUAGUAUAAACAUUGUACAUGUGAAACAGUGUAACUGCUUAGUAUGAAAGAGAGCAGAGACCUUCAAUUAAUCUGUCCAGGAAACAUUCAGCUUUAAUUUUAGAUGCUUGAUUUCCUUAACACCCAGAAUCUGAGAGAUUUCGUAAGCAACCUCUCGACCUGCCUGAGCCUGUCAUUGCUUUAAUAGGAGCAGGGCAGACAGGGAUUUAGUUUACAUGUGUUCCGAGGACAAUCAUGGAGAAUCGUUACCACCUGCACACAAUAAAUGAUGGUAAUGAGCUAUUUAAUCCUAGUACCAAGAGGAUGUUGGACUAAGGAGUUCAAACCACCAGACUUGCGGCUGUCAGGUCUGUGGGCAGGUGCUGCUCAGUAAUGUGGAUACUGCACACUGGCCUGAACAGCUGUAGUGCAUAUUUUUGAGAAUCUUUUGCCUUUGCAAACAAAAAAAAUAUUUUUUGUAUGUUACAAAAUCAUUAUUCUUGUUUCAGAUGCCUGACUUGUGUAGGCUGCCACCUAAUAUGGUACCAACUUUCCCCUAAAAUUUCAGACUGCAUUUGUAGAUAUUUGCUUCACUGAUGACAUAUGUGCACAGCUAUCACUGAGGGAAAUAUUCAUUUGAGCAGCAGAUAGCUUGGUCUCGCUUGCCAGAUGAAUUAUUUUGGUAGACUGAUAAUCUUUAAUGGAACUGGGGAAGCUAAGUUCAUCUUAAAAAGGAGGGGACUUUUUCAGAAAUUUAGACUAAUUGUUACAAUGUUGUGGAACCACUGAGUCAAUUUAAUAUAACAGUCAACAAGUACAUACUCAUUUCCUGUCCUGAACUCAUAGGUAACGUUGCUAGUGUUGUUAAACAGAUGCCACUUUCCACCCCAGAGGUGGCUGCAUUUCAUUGUUGGGAUGCUUCUGAAAAUCAGAUGCUAUAGGAUAAGCCAUUUCACACUAGGUGGUCUGAGAUGUAAAAGCCAAAGAAGUUUGCAUUACUGUAGUAAUCGCAUACUUCAAUUUUUGGUAUAACGUUGGCAGUAUUUUCUCAUAACAUUGGUCGUAUGGCCCUUUUGGUUGCAUUAGAGCUUUUUAAGGUCAGGCUUGACAAAGCCCUGGCUGGGAUGAUUUAGUUGGGUUUGGUCCUGCUUGGAGCAGGGGGUUGGACUAGAUGACCUCCUGAGGUCCCUUCCAACCCUGAGAUUCUAUGAUUCUAUAACUACUGGGAGCUUAGAACAGAAUCUUAUCUGUAGUCUACCAUGUGGUUAGGUUUCUGCUAACCUUAGGGUGCAGAAUUACUCCAGCACUUAUCUAAUAUGGAUUGUCCACAAAGAAGGCAGAGUAAUACUUAUGAACAAUGAUAAAGCAACGGUGGUGAGGAAUCAUUGUUCCCUGGCAGGGGUUAACGUUUUCCAGGACUCUGACUGCAUUUAUUUAGGUUUUACAAAUAUUCGUGCUGCUUUUCCGUUUUUUCUCUUUCCAGGGGCAGCUGUUCCAAGCACAGAGCACUCCCCGGGCAGCACUUUGGGAGCUGGGAACUUGCUCUGAAAAUGCCCUUGCCUCUGUUUGGCGUUUGUGCAGAGAUUGUGUGUGUGUGUACGUGGGUCACAUAAACCUCUAGCACAGCAGGAUCAGAGCACUGACCUAACCCACAAAAAAAUCUCACACAUCUAGGGGCAGGGCUUGAUCUGGUUCCAUUAACGCAUUUUAAAACAGCCCUUAGCUGUGUCCUCCCACCACCUUAGGUUACUGCAGUGGGAGGAGAACCAGCUACCUCAUGGAAAGCUGAUUCGCUCUGAAGAUUUUUCUCUUGCUCCUUUUAAAAAGGCAUUUCUGCACCCCCCAUGGGACUGGUCUCUUUGCAGCCAGGGGGGUGGGCUCAGGUCCCAGCCCCGGGGGUAGUGGCCUUGGCUCAGUCCCCAGUGCAGACAGCCAAGUUGUGAUUUGCACCCAUGCAGUUUAUUCCUGAUUGACUCUGCAAAUUAGAAUAUAAAUGACACCUGCUCCUGACUCUGCUGAUCUGCAGCAGGGGUCUCCCCCCAGCCUGGUUGUAACCUCACUGGUGCCCAGAUCCCGUGCAACCAAAGGGCCAUACGACCAAUGUGCGCAAUGCUGUCUUGCCCAGCCACUGCUGUUCCUGCUUCCCCCAUCACUCUCCUGUCCCAGCCCCUGCCCUGUUGUAAUCAGGCCCUGGUUAUGGCAACAGACUGCUGCUCUGAGGACUGUGCACGUGGCUGCCCCGUGUUUCAGGCCUGAGGCUUGUUGCUACUGAAUUUACAUUUCCUGUACUAGGAGAGUCUGCACAACUUUUAAUCCAGCCUCACUUUGUAAGCUGCUGUAAAAAUGCGGUGGGCCAGUUGCAUGGGGUGUUAGCUCCCUGCAGCGCUGCAUGUGCAGUGGGGCAGGCUUUUCCGGCAGGCAGGCAGGAUGAGAGCCCGUCUCAGUGCUCCCUGUUCAUUGUGCUUUGCCGUGCACCUAGGCAGGCGGCCAUGGCACCAUCCUGCCAAAGUUCCAGCCUGGCCGCCUCACUCCAGCUCUGCCGGCUGGGGCAGAGGGGCUGGGGCCAUGACCCACCCCCCCUUCUCCCUGCCCCAUGCUGCACACCCACCCGGCCGAACCGCAGUGGUACGCUUGAGCCUGUCUGUCCCAAGCACCUAGGGUGGCAAGGGAAGGGGGCACAGCUGAACAAAUUGGUUACUUACGUCUCUCUUAGGCCCCCGGCCAGCUGCAUAACGUUCUCCCCAGUUUAAAGAUAGGAAUCUGUAACGUAAGUGCCUGAGAGGGUCCCUUUUACCUGAACGCACACAGUAGGCGUGUACAGGAGCACCCGGUGUAGGGUGUUCUCCAGUGACUACAACCACAGGGUGAGCAGCAACAAGGGCGGUGGAUCAGCGUCUGCUCUACCUGUCAGUCGUAUGUUCCAUAAAGCAGGUCAGGCAUCAGGCCUGCUCUCCUGCUGGAAACGCAGAAGCUGUUCACUGCAUUGGCUGUGCACUAGCAGAGAGGGCUGGGACCAUCAUGAGACUUGGGGGGUUU